GUGGUUGUCCCGUUGUUUUUCUGUGAAGUUUUGCAGACCCCUGUCACAAGAACCGCGCUAACAAACUUUUAAGGGUUGAACUGUAAGUGAGCGGUCCCCUGCAGCGUCAGGUCCGAGUCUAGGAAUUUUUGAAUGACAGCUUCCUGCGCAGACUCCAAUUGGAAGCACGUUCUUGCUUUGUGUCGGUCCAUUGUUGCUUAUUUACUCCCGAAUAUUACCCCGUUCCUCCUACACCAAAUCCCAGAGACUGUAAAUGAUCUGGAGGUCAAUUUACAAGAUGGCACACGAAAAGCUCGCUGAGGGCGUCUUCGCCAUCAACAAGCCCUAUGGCAUGAGCUCUGCCCAGGUUAUCCGCGACUGCCAACACCACUUCAACCCAUCCAAGCUCUUCGCGCCCCUCCUGGCAGCCGACCGCGCCCUCCGCGAGAAGGAAAACAGAUACCAACAGCGACGCCGCACCCAUGCCAAGCGGGAUAUCAACGUCAAGAUCGGUCACGGCGGCACUCUCGACCCUCUUGCCACCGGUAUCCUGAUCCUCGGCGUUGGCAAGGGCACCAAGGCCCUGCACGACUUCCUGGGCUGCACCAAGACCUACGAGACCGUUGUCGUCUUCGGCGCCAGCACCGACACCUACGACCGCGUUGGCAAGCUCAUCAAGAAGGGCGACUACAGCAACAUCACGCGCGAGCAGGUCGAGGAAGCGCUCAACUCCUUCCGCGGCAAGUUCCAGCAGAUGCCUCCCCUCUACUCGGCGCUCAAGAUGAACGGCAAGCCCCUAUACGAAUACGCGCGCGAGGGCAAGCCGAUCCCCCGUGAGAUUGAGACCCGCGAGGUCGACGUGACGGAGCUCGAGCUGACCGAGUGGUACGAGCCCGGCACGCACAACCACCGGUGGCCGACCGAGGAGGCCGAGCAGGCCGAGAAGAACGUGGUCAAGUCGGUGUGGCAGGUGGCCAAAAACCAGCAGGACGGCACAACCAGCACAGAGGAGGCCGCGACGUUAAUACCGGAGGUGGUGGAGAAGGAGGUCAAGGCGUUGGCGGACCACGAGAGCAACAAGCGCGCGGCCGAGGAACGGGUUGACGAGUUGGUUUCCGAGGAGCCCGCGGGCAAGAAGAGGAAGACGGAGACCGGUGCUGCUGAGCCCAUGAUGUCUGGUGCUCUGAAAGAUAAGAAGGGCAAAGACAAGAAGCAGGACAAGUACGCCAAGAAUAGGGGUCUGGAUCUUGCUCCUCCUCCGCCGUCGCCCGAUACCCCGUUCCCCUGGGAGGGCAAGGGUCCUCCGGCUGCCAAGAUCCGCAUGACCGUGACUUCGGGCUUUUACGUUCGCAGUCUGUGCCAUGAGUUGGGUGAGAAGCUUGGAUGCGGCGCUAUGAUGGCUGAAUUGGUUAGGUCUAGGCAAGGCGAGUUCGUUCUGGGCACGGAUAACUGCAUGGAGUACUCGGACCUUGCCCUGGGCGAGGACGUUUGGGCACCCAAGAUCCAGAAGGCUUUGGAUCUGUGGAACAACAAGGACAAGGCCGGCAAGGCCCAGGCUGUUGAGCCGGUAGUAAAGAAGGAGGAGCCCAAGACCGAAGAGGUCAAGACUGAGGAGAUCAAGGCCGAGAAGAUCAAGGCUGAGGAGCAGCCCGCAGGUGAGGUCAAAGUAGAAGAGUCCGCGCCUGUAAAGGACGAGGAGACCGUUAAGACGGAGCCUGAAACAAAGGCAUAAGAACUCAUUAUCCUCAAAGCAAGCGAAAACAAAAUAAAGCGAAGUAUACCCAA